AUAGGGCAGUUACGUAGUAGUUUAGGUAGUUUAGGUAAUACCGAAGCUGCAAAGUAACAAUUGCAGUUAGGGCGCAGGGUGAGCUAAUUCUAAACUUCUAAACUGCAUCAGGACCCGAAAUCGUUCGACAAACCAAGCACAAAAUUUACUCAUACAUACCACACAUUCUUCUCAACUCGUGACACAUAACACUCGUAACAUCCUUCUCUCUUUUUUUCUCUCCUUUCUUUUUGUGUCGUGUCCCCCAUUCGACCUUCAUAUAACUACAUAUUUUCAUUCUUACAGACAAAACAUCUCUCAAGAUGCUUCCCGCACUUCGUAUCGCCCCUCGCCAAGCUGGCCAAGCUGCGAUUCGAGGAUCAGCGAUGGCUUUCCAAACUGCGAGAGCCGGAUCCACCUGGGCCAAUGUGCCUCAAGGCCCACCUGUAUGUAUCACCGAAGCUUUCAAAGCUGAUAGUUUUGAGAAGAAGAUCAACUUGGGUGUCGGCGCCUACCGAGAUGAUCAAGGAAAACCCUACGUACUCCCCUCCGUUCGCGCCGCCGAGGACAAGGUCAUUUCAAAGCGCCUGAACAAAGAAUACCUUGGUAUUACCGGCCUUCCCGAAUUUACCAAGGCCGCCGCCGAGCUCGCCUACGGCAAGAACUCGUCCGCUCUCGACCGUCUAGUCAUAACCCAAUCCAUCUCCGGUACCGGUGCGCUCCGCAUUGGCGGCGCUUUCCUCUCACGAUUCUACCCGGGCGACAAGACCAUCUAUAUCCCCACCCCCUCGUGGGCCAACCACAAGGCUGUCUUCAACGACUCCGGUCUUAAGGUUGAGCAGUACCGUUACUAUGAUAAGAACACUAUCGGGCUAGACUUUGAAGGAAUGCUAGCAGACAUUAAGGCAGCUCCCAAGGGAAGCAUUUUCCUGUUUCACGCCUGUGCUCAUAACCCCACCGGUGUCGACCCUACCCAGGAACAAUGGAAGGAGAUCAGCAAUGCUGUCAAGGCUCAAGGCCACUACGCCUUUUUCGAUAUGGCUUACCAGGGCUUCGCUAGUGGUAGUACGGAUAAGGACGCCUUUGCUGUCCGACAUUUCGUUGAACAGGGUCACGACAUUUGCUUAGCCCAAAGCUUCGCCAAGAACAUGGGUCUUUAUGGAGAACGUGUUGGUGCCUUCUCCAUCGUCGCCUCGUCCCCCGAGGAGAAGAAGCGCAUUGACUCCCAAGUCAAAAUCCUUAUCCGACCCUUCUACUCGAACCCGCCGCUACACGGUGCGCGUAUCGCGUCCGAGAUCCUCAACGACCCGGCACUUAACCAGCAAUGGCUAGGCGAAGUCAAGGGUAUGGCUGACCGAAUCAUUAGCAUGCGAGCUCUGCUUAAGGAAAACCUCGAGAAGCUUGGCAGUUCCCAUGAUUGGAGUCAUAUCACAUCGCAAAUCGGCAUGUUUGCCUACACUGGUCUUGACGCUCCCUCCAUGGAGAAGCUGGCUAAGGAGUUCAGCGUCUACGCCACCAAGGACGGCCGUAUUAGUGUUGCCGGUAUCACGAGCGACAACGUCGGACGCCUUGCCGAAGCUAUCUAUAAGAUCAAGGGUUAAAUAAGAUAUACCAUUUUGUGCGAAUGAAUCUGGAUACUUGAAGGGAGGGAAAAAAAAGUCUCAUACUCGGCAUGAUGGUACGAAUAGACGAAUGAACUAAUGGACAUCGCGAUAGUCCUCUGGACGACAUUUCGGGGGGUUGUUCUUGAUACAUCUCUGCUACUUUGUACCUUAUUUCCCCCAUCUUUUACAUCUGCCUGGACUGUCUGGUCGAUAGACGGUAGACGAUCAAUCCCUGUGAUACCACUACUAGUAGAUACGGAAAUGAAAUUUGUUACUUAGAA